UCUUGUCACAGGUAAUUCUCAUUGCCGUUGCUGCCAUGGCCAUUGCUGCCCCUCAGGCUGGAUACCAAGUGCCCCAGCCGGCCCUACCUCCACCAGAACCCCAGCCAGCCUAUGGAACUCCCGAUGCUUCCGUCCCAUUUGAGAUUAUAAACAUAAUUAAAGACGAGCGAACACAGAAAGAAGAUGGAACUUUCUCACUUGAGUUUGAGACUGAAAACGGCAUCAUCCAAUCCCAGUCUGGGUCACCUGGUGGCCCAGAGGGUGCUGUAAUUACAUCUGGACAAUACUCCUAUCAAAGUCCUGACGGCAUUCCCAUCGUUGUGAAGUUCGUCGCUGAUCAGAACGGUUUCCAGCCCGAGUCUGACGUGUUACCAGUGGCUCCUGCCUUUCCCCACUCAAUUCCUGAGUACGUGUUGGAACAGAUCGAUUUUGCUGCUAAGGAAGACGCUGCCCGAGCCGCCGCCGAAGCUGCUGAAAGGAGUGCUGCACCUUCCCAGACAUAUUCACAGCCUCAGUAACUGCUGCCUCUGCAUUGGCAAAUUUACUCUUAUAUAUUUCUUGAAUUUUUGUCUUAAGUAUUGCGUGGAAGGA